GAAUCUACAAUAUGUCUGUUGUCUUCACUCCAGUACUCUACACAGACUGCGAACAGGAUGAACACCUACCAACAGGGCAGAUCACCAAGGUACCAUGACUCUUUAGGCCUGUGGGCAAAUCAACAUAUUGCAGAUCACAUCAACAGGAAAUUCAACAUGAUCGAUGGAGACCAGGUAGACUACCCAGUGUACCGCCCCUACAAAUAUGCAUACGAAGGACAGGGCAGCAAAUGCCAGUCACUGGAUGAGCUGUCACUCAGCAACCUGGGAGAUGAUUUGAAGUUUCUGAAUGAUUUGGGGCCCAAGUUCAAGACCCUGGGAGGAAUCUGUCACCAGGCAAUUCAAGAAAAAAACAUACAGCUUUAAAGGGCAUGGCUGGAAUGUGAUUUUUAUAUUAAGCAGGUAUCUGGCAUCUAUCCAUGACACAAGGAUCUAAGAGAGGUUGUAUUUUGUUUGAUUCAAGAUGGAAUUAAUACUGUUCCAUGACAACAUUUAGUUAAAUAAGCUGAUUCCUGUGGGAUGUUACCUCUCUGGAAGAGCUCAAACUGCUCCAGAUGGCUUUAAAUCAAGUCUUAAAGGGGUUUAUAAAGGUGCUACCCAAGGAUCAAUAUUAGGCCCAUUGCUUUUUUUAUCCUGUACAUGAGUAACAUUUAUUUUCCAAACCAACAUUGCAAUGCACAUGAUAUUAUCUUGUAUGCCAUUGGGCUGCAUUUGAAGGCAUGCAGACCUCUCUGUUUAACUUACAGUAAAGCUUGUUCUAAACUCCAGAAAAACUAAAUGUAUGCUGUGUAUCUCAGUCACUGAAAUUCCCAAUCCUAUCCAAGUUCUAAAUCGAGAUGCAAUUAAUUCAGUCCAGCAUUAUAAAAUACUUUAGAAUUUGGUUAGAUACACAGUACUAAAUUGCCUUACAAAAUUUAUGUUCUUGUACUUUUUCCUCAGAAAUUUAAAAAUCUGAUUUUUUAUUUAUCUUGAAAAAGAGCUUGUUUCUCCUUUAACAAGAGAAGUAUCAUUAUACAACCCACUAUACUAUUUAUAUUAGAUUACAGACAUAUCUUUUAUGCUCCUGUGGCUGGCGCCAC